UAGACUAUUAAGAAAUCAAAAGAGCUAUGGAAUCCAUAUCUCCUAAACGUUUCCUCAAAUUCCUUUUCAUUUUUGUCUGCAUUGCUGCUUCCUUCACAUACUCAACCUCAGCCGUUAGAUCAGUCCGAUCAGCAAUACCCAAAACAAGCACGGACUUCAUUAGGAGAUCAUGCAGAGAAACGACCUAUCCAAGGCUUUGCUUCAGCUCUCUCUCAAUCCACGCAAGCAAAAUCCAAACGAGUCCUCAACUCUUGGCAGCCACGGCCCUCAACGUGACCCUCUCGUCGGCCAAAACGACAUCAAACGUGAUGCUGAAGCUGUCGUUGAGCCACGGGCUGAAGCCGAAGGAGGCUGCCGCCAUGAAGGACUGCGUCGAGGAGCUGAGCGAGUCGGUCGAUGAGCUCCGAAAGUCGAUCGGAGAGAUGAGUAGGCUCAAGAGCCGUAGUAGUUCUAAGCUCAUGAUAAACGACAUUCAAACUUGGGUUAGUGCUGCCUUGACGGAUGAGAAUACUUGCUCGGAUGGGUUCGGAGGAAAAGCCAUGAAUGGGAAGGUGAAGAGUGUUGUGAGAGUCCGGAUUGUGAACGUUGCCCAAUUGACUAGCAAUGCUUUGGCCUUGAUCAACAGAUAUGCCUUGAUUAAUGGUUAAUUUUAUUCCAAUUUGUUUGGGAUCAAUAUCUCAAAGUGUGGUUAAAUUUUUUUUUUUUUUCAAUUUUAGAGGUGAGUAAUUUGGAUUCUAGAUCUUGUGGUGGAAUUGAGUGUGAAUUUAUCGUUAGAUAUGCUUACAAUCACUUAAAAUGUGGUCGGUAUGUAAUAUAUAUAUAUAUAUUAUAUGUGUAUGUAUAUACUAAAAGCCACUAGUAUUGAUAUAUAUUAGUGGUUGGCAAUCUGGUAUGUGUGGAUUCAUGUAAAAGUGAAUGUAUGCUUUGUUAGAGUGAAUUUACCUGAAUUUCUAGAUGGUAAUGUAUUAA